AUGUCGCUCCAGGGCUAUGUAAACAAGAAGGUGUUGGUCUUGACUAGCGAUUCGAGGACACUUGUAGGCACACUGCUGUCCUGCGACCAGAUGACAAACUUGGUCCUCUCACAAACAAUCGAACGUAUCAUCCGUCCGCCAGAUGAUCCAGAGCCAUCGAGCGAGGUCCCACACGGAUUGUACCUGAUUCGAGGAGAUAACGUUGCGGUUGUGGGGUUGGUGAAUGAGGAGCUGGAUGACAGUAUCGAUUGGCUGCAAGUUAGGGGCGCAGUGGUCGGUGGUGUGAAGCAUUCGUGA